CCAAUAGACUAAUCGAUCAGUUAGAUUGGUAAAAGAGGCCCUUAGGAUCCAUAUCGCAGCUACUAAUAACAUUUAUGGCUUUUAUCUACUAGACUCAAUAAUGGGCUGCGUUCGAAAACAUCAUCCAUUGCCACUACGUAUCUUUUUAUCUUUAUUUAAUACUCGGUGAAUAAUAAGGAUAAAAUGAUAUAUAUGGGCACUCGGAUGAUGUUUUCAAACGCAGCCGUGAUUGCCGAGCGGUACAAGUUGGCGCGGUAGCCAAUCAUCUUUCGCUGUGCAGAAAAAGUUAAAGUGAUUGGCUAUCGCGUUUGUUUCUUACCGCGCGGCAAAUGUUUCCGCGUUCAGUGAGUAGGAGCAAUUAAAACAAAAGAAUAGAGUGUUGUACAUACACAAGGUGCUUUGGAAGUGAUGCAUGAACGCAUCAUGCAUGAAAUGGAAUGCACUCGUUGUGUAUAAUACAUUUGUUCUAAAUACUACCAGCGGCCACGAUAUUGCGAUCUCUGCAUGUAUGCGGCUAUUUCUGUUGUGCGAAUAUGCGAGUGAACAUGCUGAUUUUAUCAGAACAGCAAAUUCGUUUUCUGUAGGAUUUAGUGCCAGUAUAUUGACAAACAUUUGUUUUUCGACUUACAUCAACUUUGCUUUAGGUAAGUAAUGAAUUCUUGAUGUUUACACGUUUAGAACGAUAUAAAUGUGUAGAACGGCUUGGUCUUCAAAGCAUCUGCGGGUAGUUAAAAGUGAUCUUUACACAACCUUUUCUUUCUUCACAUAAUACAUUCGAAAUAAGAACUAUAAUAUGAUUUUAAUAAAUGUAACAAUCAUAGACAACUAACCUCAAUUAGUUAACUAACCUCAAAUGAUCAAAACAGUUAUUUUAAUAUUAGCUGCGAGCUACUGCGAAUAUGUUGUCUAUGUCAAACGUAUGCAGUUCAAUAAUUAAAUGUUGUCAAUACUUGCAUUGUUGUAAUACUGAAAUGCCUCUGUAUUUUAUUUUUACAUACAGAGUAUAUGUUACAGAUAAUGGACGACCAAAAAUAUAUGGUGUGUGAGUUUCCAAAUGAAGAAAAUAGUAUAGCUAUUGGAUAUUUGAAAUGGUUGGAAGAUAAAUUUACAGUUACUGAAUUAGAUGAUAUAAUUAAACACGAAACGCUAGUGAAAGUUCGAUGGCCAAAAGACUGCGAUAUAGGCCCAACAACAGCAAUGAAAAAAAAAUUAACCAAUUGUCAGUGGGAGGUGGUUGUAACAAAAUUAUGUGCACAUGGAGAAUGGGUCAAAAUGUGCGAAAUUAGAGAUAACUUGGAAAAGUAUGGUAUUAUUGAACUUGAUAAACAUGAUAGGAAACAGUUCACAAGAAAACAAACAACAGAUAUUGACAAAUCAAAAGUAAAAGAAACAAAAAAAAGCGCAGUAUCAAAACAAAAGAAAUGUACUCUAAACGUAAAGAAGGGGAAAAAUCUUUUAAAACAAUAUAAACACAACAAGCAGAAAUACUCGUCACAGAGUGAAUAUGUGGACGAUGAUAAUGAAUGUAAUGAAGAAAACGAUAAAUCUCCCGUUCAUAAACAAUCGAAGUCGCAACUAGCAGAUACAAUCAUUGUGUUACAAGAAGAAAAUAGAAGAUUGCGAAGAGACAAUGAAAGAUUGCGCAGGUUACGGUCUGUCAACGAAGAUUUGCCAAAGAUGGAUAAAAUGAUGAAAGAUCUCAUGACUAACUUGGAAUCUGUAACAUUGACAACCAAAUCUUUCAAUCGUCAGAUAGAUGAAUUGCAACAGAAAGUACAAGCAUCAAGUAACUGCAUCAUUAAACGUAAGCGAAGUAACACUCCUCCUGCAGUAACAUUAGACUCUGAUCCGAUCUGGAUCAACAAGUUGGAUCUACCAAAUAAUAAAUUGAAAUCAUCUGCUACCGAUGCAUCGCCUACAUCGAUAGUUCAAAACAGGGAAUUAGAUCUAAGCGAUAAGUUGAAAUUGUCUGAAAAAUCGGCUACAGAGUUUCGUGAAUCAGCACUAUUACGUGAAUCAACAUCUUUGACAUCCGGACAUAAUCUGGUAUCACAAAAUUUAGAAACAUCGGAAGACUUCCCUGAUACUUUAGAUGUCGCUACAAAAACAGUCAAUGUACAUGAUUUGGAACACGUUCACGAAUCGAACCAUGCAACAGAUAAAAUGAAGUCCUCGGAUGACCAUCAAUCAAAUGCAAUACACAAACAUAAGGACAAUAAGACAGUCAACCUUGGAGGACCAAUACCUUGUAUAGUAAAUAGCACUCGCCUUUCCUUGUGCAAUCACACGUCUGUCUCUAAGUUGAUAUGCGAGAUGAUGUCUUUAUUAUUUACAAAAGAGGAGUUAGCUACCUCUUCGCUUACAGGAACUGUGGCAAAUUUUCAUUGCGAAAAAGGUAUAGCCGCUAAAAAGAAACUCGACACAGUAAAAAUUGAAGCUAUGAAAGCAUACGUUAAGAACAAGUUUCCAUUCGAAAAAGAUUUCGAAAAAAUAUUUCGGAAAGCAGUGCAGCAGAAGUGCAAUAAUGCAGUUCCUCGAAACAGAGGAUUAAUAAUAAAGAAAAGUGCAGCUAUAAUUAAAAAUAUAUUGUAUAUUUCUAUAGAAAUAUAUCGUUCUUAUUGAAAA